AGCGAGUCGGGACCCCCCACGGACGACAACGGCGGCGACGGUAACGACGGCAAGGGUCCGCGUCCCGGCACGGGCGACGACAUCUACGACGCGUGGCCCGAGUGGGUCCCCGAGGGCCUUCGACUCAACACCGACGACGUGUACACGGUCCUCGUCACCUUCGCCGUCUCGCUGGCGUUCAGGGCGACGAUCGCGGAACCCCGGUUCAUCCCCUCGCUGUCCAUGUACCCGACGUUCGACAUCGGCGACAGGCUCAUCGCGGAGAAGAUCACGUACAGGUUCAAGCACGAUCCCUUCCCCGGCGACGUCAUCAUCUUCCACCCGCCAAAGACGCCCAAGACGUCGACGGCGCUGACGAAGGAGGUGUUCAUCAAGCGCGUCGUGGCGGUGGCCGGGGACACGGUGGAGGUGAAGAAGGGCGAGCUGUACGUCAACGGAAUAUCGCGGGGUAAGGAGCUCAAGCUGGAGCCGGCGACGUACAACAUGGACCCGCAGGUGGUGCCCGCCGGAGACGUGUUCGUCAUGGGAGACAACAGGAACAACUCGUUCGACUCGCACAUCUGGGGGCCGCUGCCAAAGGAGAACAUCCUGGGCAGGGCGUGCUUCAAGUACUGGCCGCCGCAGAAGUUCGGGGGACUGCCCAAGUACCCCUCCCAGGUGGCCGCCGUCCCGGAGAGGUACUGA